GAUUUCAAUAAAGCCCUCCGUCAUUUCGGUUCUCUUUCGGCCCAACUGUAGACGACGCAGAUUCAAUUCUAAGGCAGAGUUGGUACUGUGCCCUGAUGGAUGAUGAAGAUCCCCGAGCUUAUAAGCAUGGGAAACUAUGUGAAGGCCGGGCUAGUAGCCGUUCAACUCAGUUAUGUGAUCUACCUGAUGAGAUCCUUAUUCAUAUCUUGAGCUUUCUUAGGAUGAAGGAAGCAGUGAAAACGACUGUGUUAUCAAAAAGGUGGAAGAACUUGUGGGCUUUUAUUCCGGAUCUUCAUGUAUCACAACGUGAGUUUCCAGAGAGGCCACUCUUCUUGGACUUUGUGAUACGAGCCUUUGCUCUUCGCAAUGGAUUUUCACUCAGGAAAUUCUCUAUCUCGUGCGACAUUCUGGAAGAUGCUCCUCUUAUCAUAGCUUGGGUUUCUUUUGCAUUGAGGCUCAAUUUGCAGGUUCUCAAUCUACACCUCGAGAAGCCUAGUACCCCUUAUGAGACUUUCAUGUUUGAUUUCUUCCUCAGAAGUGAAUCUUUGAAGGUACUUAACUUGGAUUUGCCUUGUGUUGUGGUAAUUCCUCCCCGGGUAUCUUUUCCUAAUCUGAAGGAGUUGAGUGUUUCUGAAAUUAUAUUUGAGGAUGUGGACUCCAUAGAGAAGUUAUUCUCUUGUUCAUCACUCGAAAUGUUAUCUAUCUACCAAUGCAAAUGGAGGAACCUCAAGGACAUACACAUUUCUGCCCCCAACCUUCGAUUCCUCUGUAUUGAUGAAACAAUUGAUGAUGAUAACAUCGACUUUGAUGAAAUUGGUUUUGCAUUUCAAGAUGCACUUUCCUACGAUCGCCGGAUCCAUAUUAAUGGAGCUGCUCUCAAAUCCUUCAUCUACAACGGGGAGCUCAUCAAUGAAUGUUGCAUAUUGGGGGACACAAUGCAGUUAGUUGAGCGUGCGCGAAUUAAUAUUGAUCGCGCAUAUCAAGCUGAACAGUUUAUUGUCGUGCCUCGUGGAUUUAAACUACUCUCAGCUCUUGCUAAUGUGAAGAGUCUCUCUCUAACCCAUCACUUUCUCACGGAUCUUGCGGCUGGGGAUGAGCUCCUCGACACCCUUCCUAUGUUUUGUAAUAUGACCAACAUGUCAGUGGAAGGGUCAUUAGAUCCUAUGUCUUUCAGGAUCUUAUCAAUGAUACUAAGAAGAUCUCCCCAUCUUAGAAGCCUCAGGUUUUUGGAGGAAUUUGACCACUUUCCUCGGCAUGAAAGAGAUGGAUUGUUGGAUCCGGUGCCUUCUUGUUUCUUGACGGAGCUCAAACAGAUUGCUUUUAAAAUUGACAACACUGAUCAAGGACACUGUGGACAUUGGUUUUCUAGUGAACGACAGGAAGACAGAACAUAUAUGCCCGAUAUCAGAAUCCCUGCAACAUCGCUGCAGCGGCUAUGCCCAUCUCGGCUUUCAGGCUUCAGUUUGCUUCAAAUUGCAUCACCACUGCAUCAACAGCGGUCAUCACUGCAUCAUCACCGCCUCAAUGGUGGUCGUGUAUCUGUACAGAGCUUGGGCCGUCAGUUGGCCAACUGCAGUUGAGGACUUGAGGUGGAGUUGAUAUUGUGCCCUCAUGGAUGAAGCUCCCCAAGCUUAUAAGUAU